GGCGGAGUCAGGGCCGGAAGCACCGGGGCGAGCGUCUAAUCCCUAAUGCCCAAUUUUGGCGGCGCCCACCUGGCAAACUGAUGAUUGUGUGGGACGUCUAAUCUUUAGUCGCUCACCCCUCUACUUUACCACAGGGCUAGAAAUCGAUUUGAGGAAAUCUGAUAUCAGUGAGCGGGCGGGGAGACAACCCCACCCCUAAUUUCCCUGUUUACGGAAGUUCUGUCCCGGCCUCCUCAGACUGGUGUCGGCUUCCUUUUUCUCCACACCUCUAGCCGCCUUGUUUUUAUCGUUGUCGGCACCUGCCCUUCCCCAGCGGCCCCACCUCCCCGAGCACUAUGUAUGAUCGGGCUCCCCGCCUGCUCAAAUUGGCUGAAGGUGGCAGCACUGAGGCCCAUGUGGGUCCUGGAUCCUACCAGGUACCUUUCCUGAAGCAGCAGGCGACAGGUAGUUACGCACCAUUUCUUUCUUUGACUGCCAGAGAAAGUACUUUUACCAUUGCCUCUAGCAUUGAGAAAGCUGUUCCAGGUCCAGGACACUAUAAUGUUUCAGAAGCACAGAAAAUUUCAAGAUCACCUACACUUACCAGAAGUGUUGAUAUUCCUUCAAUUCCUUCUUGUGGAAAGUCAUAUGGUUAUCAUAUUAACGAUGAUGGCAGUAUUAUAAAAUGUUUUCCACCUGCUAGUGACAGUACACUUGGUCCAGCGUACUACAAACCUCAAUUUGGAGUACCAGGGCCUGGAAAAUAUGACAUUAAAAGUCAAUUUCAGAAGAUAGAAAGUAUGACACCAAAUGCAAAUGAUGCAUCUCCUGCUUUUCUUUCUCAAUCCCAGAGAUUUUUACCUAUGAAAUCAAUCACCCCAGCUCCUGGCACAUAUAAUGAACCUCGAACUGCUCUCAAGUCCUUGAAGAAAACAUCAGGACUGAAAAAUAUUCCAUUUGGUCAAAGUGCUGUUCGAUUCACACAGGACAUCAGGACAGAGGAAAUGCCAGGUCCUGGAUUUUAUAAUAUCUUGAACAAUACUAUAAUUGCCAGUGUUAGAAACAUCUGCUCAAAGAAACAGAAGAAAAGUGCAUUUGGUUCUUCUGUUCCUCGGACUUUCUUCUGGGUUCAGAAAGAAGCUUGUGCUACCCCUGGACCUGCUGAUUAUCAGGCAUUUUGGCAUUCACAGGGUGGUGGAAUUUCUGAUGAAUUACCUAACUUGACUAACAAAUAUGCUGCUUUCUUGUCAAGAGCCGAAAGAACUAUGAAAGUACCAGAUAUGGUUAUUCCAGCGCCAGGCAGCUAUGAUGUUCACAAAUCAUAUGAGAUGUCCCAAGUUAAGCAUAAAUAUAUGCCACCUCGUAGUUUAGUGGCUAAAAGAAAACAUGCCUCUUUUCUUAGUGCAACUCCUCGGUGCCUAGAAAAAAUGACUGAUGGGCCAGGUCCUGCAGCAUACAAUCCUGUUUUAAGGAAAUCUUGCCCCAUACCCUUGUUUGUGAAAGCAUCAAAGCGCUUUGAAGAGUCCAAAGAGAUUACUCCAGGCCCAGCAACAUAUGAGGUUUGUCAAUAUUUCCUUCUUGUCAGUGACACAAGAAUAGAAUCAAUUUCCAGAAAGUACUACAAAUGUAUAUAUUAAAGUCCUUUCCAUAUAUUUUAUUCACAUUGCUGAUUAAUGAAAAUAUUCUGACUAAGGAGAUUUUUGAAGAUGUAGUCUGACAUUUAAAAAUAAUUAUUUAAGAAUUUAAGAGUCAUUUAAACAACUUUUCUAUCUCUAAAUAUGCUUUGCGGUAUUCAUAUAUAUAAUUUAUUUAUAUUCCUACAAAUUUUAAAGUUCACUUGUUUACAUACUUGUUUGUAUUCAUACAUUGAAAUCUCUUAGUAUUUAUUGAAAUAAUUAUCAGAGAGCUCACAAGAAAGCCCUGUGGAUCAAAUAAAAUUGUGUGUUGCUCUUUUAUUUUCUUUUAAUGAACAUGGAUGCUGUAUUUAAGUUCAUAAUAAAUAAAGGUGUCUUUUAAGCUAUGGACCUUCUGAUCAUAACCUGAAAGAUUUUAGAAACUGUGUUCACAAUAGCCCUUUAUUGCCCUUUAGAGAAUUAGAAUGAAAUAGGUCCCCCAUUCCUACCCUACUAACUAUUGAAAGUAAAAUAUUUUAUAGUGAUUUGUAACAAUUAAUUUAAGAGUUAAUUCUGAGUGCAAACCAAAAUGAAUGUUCUUUUUGGGGCUAAUGACAAGUUUAUUUAUAUUGAAUACAUGUUUUUCUCCUUACUUAAAAUGUCACAAUCUAAGGCCAGGCACAGUGUCUCAUGCCUGUAAUCCCAGCACUUUGGGAAGCUGAGGUGGGCAGAUACUUGAGGUCAGGAGUUUGAGAGCAGCCUGGCCAACAUGAUGAAACCCUGUCUCUACUAAAAAUAUAAAAA